CCUCAGAGUGCAGAGUGGGAGGGAGCUGGACACUCAGAAGGAACAUCAGGAAGGAUCUGAUCUGAUCUGCUGAACUUUAUUUACUGAAAUCAGUUUUUUUUUUAUGAAAUUUUAACCCAAUUUAAAGAUCAGAAGGAGGAGAUGGGGGUCUCUACAGCAGUGUGUGUUUUUCUACUGACUACAAUCGUCCUUUCUACACUCGGAGAGAGACACUCCCUGUACUACAUAUAUACCGCUCUCAACAAAGACCUGGAUCUACCAGGAAUCUACGAGUUCACAGCUCUGGGGCUGCUGGAUGACCGACAGAUCGACUACUACAACAGUAAGGAGCAGAAGAAGAUUCCUAAACAGAGCUGGAUGAUGGAGAAGAUGCAGGAAGAUUACUGGGAAAGAGGAACCCAGUCUCGCAAGAGUAAAGAACAGUGGUUCAAGGUCAACGUGGAUAUUCUGAUGAAGAGGAUGAACCACAAUAACCAGGAUCUUCAUGUUCUUCAGUGGAGACACGGCUGUGAGGUUGAGGAGUCUAAUGGAGAGGUGAAGUUUCUGAACGGGAUUAGUGAGUACGGUUAUGAUGGAUCAGAUUUUCUCUCCUUUGAUAAUUCGGACAGGGCCUGGGUCGCUCCGGUUCAAGCUGCAGAACCAACCAAGAGAAAAUGGGAUGGUGUGGCCAUCCUGAACCAGUACAACAAGGGCUACCUGGAGAAAGAGUGUGUGGACUGGAUCACCAAGUUCCUGAAGUUCAGGAAAGAAUCAGAGCAGAAAGCCGCGCCACUCGAUGUUCACGUUUUCGCAAAACCAUCAGUAAGUGACUCGAGUAAGCUGAUCCUGACCUGCCUGGCUACUGGAUUCUACCCCAAAGACGCGACAGUGAUCUGGAGAAGAUCCAGCUCACCUCUAUCUGAAGAUCUGAUCACAUCUUCUGCAGUCAGACCCAAUGAUGAUGGAACCUACCAGCUGAGGAAGAGUGUGGAGAUACUGGGAGCUGAGAAAGACCAGUACGAGUGUUACGUGACUCACAGAACCCUCAAAGAACCAGUCAUUAAAAAACUGGAUGGGAUGAUGCCUGCUGCAGAUGAGAGACACUCCCUGUACUACAUAUAUACCGGCCUCUCCAAAGACCUGGAUCUACCAGGAAUCUACGAGUUCACAGCUCUGGGGCUGCUGUGUUGUCAAGAGAUCGACUACUACAACAGUAAGGAGCAGAAGAAGAUUCCUAAACAGAGCUGGAUGAUGGAGAAGAUGCAGGAAGAUUACUGGGAAAAAGGAACCCAGUCUCGCAAGAGUAAAGAACAGUGGUUCAAGGUCAAUGUGGAUAUUCUGAUGCAGAGGAUGAACCACAAUAGCACGGAUCUUCAUGUCCUGCAGUGGAGAUACGGCUGUGAGAUCGAGGAGUCCAGUGGAGAGGUGAAGUUUCUGAGAGGGAUUAGUGAGUUCGGUUAUGAUGGAUCAGAUUUUCUCUCCUUUGAUAUUGAAAACAGGCUCUGGAUCACUUCAGUUCCACAAGCUGAACCAACCAAGAGGAAAUGGGAUUCUGUGGCCAUCCUGGGACAGUACACCAAGGGCUACCUGGAGAAAGAGUGUGUGCUGUUGCUCACCAAGUUCCUGGAGUACAGAAAAGAAUCACUGCAGAAAGCCGCACCACUGGAUGUUCAAGUUUUCGCAAAACCAUCAGUAAGUGACUCGAGUAAGCUGAUCCUGACCUGCCUGGCUACUGGAUUCUACCCCAAAGACGCGACAGUGAUCUGGAGAAGAUCCAGCUCACCUCUAUCUGAAGAUCUGAUCACAUCUUCUGCAGUCAGACCCAAUGAUGAUGGAACCUACCAGCUGAGGAAGAGUGUGGAGAUACUGGGAGCUGAGAAAGACCAGUACGAGUGUUACGUGACUCACAGAACCCUCAAAGAACCAGUCAUUAAAAAACUGGGUGGAGCACCAAUCAACACCAAUCUCCCAGAAGAGUUAGAAAUGCUUCCACUCUUUUAAGCUUCUGCUCACCUGAUGGUGAUUAAUGGGGUGAAACAUGGUCAGAUUAAGAAAAAUAAUCACCAUUUACUGAAACUGAGCUGUCUUUUUUCUAUUGAAAUAAUUGAAAUAAGUUUACUUAUACUUAUUGUGGAAUGAAUGCAUUUAAACUACGUACAUAUACAUCUAAACAAGAUUUUAGGAUUUUAAAAUAGUCCUGAUGUGCUUUUAUAUCUUCUAAACACAAAAUCUGCAUGAAAUUAUACAUACCUUUAUUUACACUGCUGCCAUAUAUAAGGGUCAUUCCACUGAAUAGGUGCCAUUCCUGUCCCCAGGAAAUUACAUGUAUAAAUGUGCACACAAAAUAACUUUAAAAUACAUUUUAUUACUAAGCAUAGUGUGUUGUACAUUGACCUAAUUCCAAAAGAAAAAUAUGUAAUUAAAAAAAUUAUUAACAUCUACUUACAACACUGAAAAAAUAGCAUUUGUUACCUGUUACUUCCACUCUCUAACUAUAAACUUUACCAUAAAAUAUAAUUAUUAAAAUCCUUUAGAUUUUUGCAUUAUUGUGCGACUCCAAAUCCCAUCUAUGCUUUAAAAAUAUGUUUUCAUAAUAAAUUCAUAAUAUUUAAGUUAAAAUACACAAUUUAGUUGUGUCCCUGGGUUUCACUCAGUCCUGUUACCGUAACACAUUACCCCUGAAUCUGAAACACCUGGAACAUUCUACAACAGGAAGUGACAUCAGCUGGUUCUGGUUCUGAAGAUCAUGUGAAGAACAGAAUUAAGUUCCUCGUUAGUUUUUUUCUGUAUAUUUGAUCUUAUUGUAAUGAUGACUGAGGAGCUCAAUCUCAACACAUCCCAUUUUUUUAUCUUUAAAAUACAAAUUUUGGGAAAAAAAUCACUAGAAUGAGCUCAGUGUCCUCAUGCUAUUAGCAUAGCCGCCAUUUAGCUAUCAUUCAUGUUUUUGCUAAUUCUAUGCCAAAAACGUAUUUGUUACUUUAAUUCAUGUUACUCAUAACAUAAAAAGUAACAGGAGUGAGUUUCAGUAACAGGAGUGAGUUUCAGUAACAGGAGUGAGUUUCAGUAACAGGAGUGAGUUUCAGUAACAGGAGUGAGUGCCAGUAACAGGAGUGAGUUUCAGUAACAGGAGUGAGUUUCAGUAACAGGAGUGAGUGCCAGUAACAGGAGUGAGUUUCAGUAACAGGAGUGAGUUUCAGUAACAGGAGUGAGUUUCAGUAACAGGAGUGAGUUUCAGUAACAGGAGUGAGUUUCAGUAACAGGAGUGAGUUUCAGUAACAGGAGUGAGUGCCAGUAACAGGAGUAUUUUUUUUGGGUCAUAGAUAUCAAUUACUUCAACAUGCAGUCUAUAAUUAUUUCUUUAAAAUAAAUUUUUUCUUGAGAGAAAAUUAAAGGAAUUAGUGGACUUGCUUUUAAACAUGCUUUUUAAAUUUAUGAGUUUUGUAAAAAAUACUCAGAUUAGAAACCUUGUAGAAAAAAUGAAGUAAAGCUGCCUGAGUUUGACCAGUACAUGUUAUGAAUAGUUAAAUAUAUGUGUUAUUAGAUUCAGAGUUGAAAAAAACAUUAAGUUUAAUUUGGUUUAAUUCAGAGUUACAACAAGCAAAUGAUUCGAGCAAACUGAUUCGAUGGAACGGCCCAUAUAUAUAUAUAUAUAUAAUCACAGCCUCUGCAGGCAUUUAAUCCAGUAUAUUACUAAUGCAUUGUUAUUCUGUGAAUUUUAUUUCAGAAUAUAAUAAAUAAAAUAUCUACACCAUCA